UUUCUGGGCAAGAGGGGGGGGGGGAGAGAUGGUGGAAGGAGGUGUCGAGAGGAGAAGAGGGACAGAGGACGUGCCGUACAUCAGAGCUGCUAGACAGAACCAUAAAGCCCGGAGAGAUUUACAUCAUUCGAUGACAUGCUGUUGGAGGAGCCGUGCAAGCCCUUGAGAUCCAUUGAAGCUCUCGAUUCGUCCUGAUCCCACCGGUUCAAGACUCUGACUCAGGACAGCAUCAGGACAGCUCUUGGUCCCACCGGUUCAAGACUCUGACUCAGGACAGCAUCAGGACAGCUCUUGGUCCCACCGGUUCAAGACUCUGACUCAGGACAGCAUCAGGACAGCUCUUGGUCCCACCGGUUCAAGACUCUGACUCAGGACAGCAUCAGGACAGCUCUUGGUCCCACCGGUCCCAGACUCUGACUCUGACCCAGGACAGCCCCAGGACUGCUCUUGGUCCCACCGGUCCCAGACUCUGCCUCUGACCCAGGACAGCCCCCGGAGGGCACGGUGCUGGCUGGAGGUCUGAGGCGCAGAGCCCAGGGCUGAACAUGGCCUCCGCGUCCUGGAGGACCCCCCUCCUCCUCCUCCUGGUCUCCCUCCUGCUGCUCGGCGCGCCGCGUCCGACCCGGAGCCAGGACCUCCGGGCCGGAGCCGAGCCGGUCCUCCGGAACGAAGCGACCCCGGCGACGGGCCACGCGCCCAGCGCGGGGGGAGGGGCGGAGGACGGCCACGGCGGGGAGGCCAACGGCACGGCGGCGCCGGCGCACGGCUGCGGCGAGGGCUCGGAGCACGGGCACGCCGCCCCCAUCACCACCCUGCCCAUCGUCAGCUGGAGGUGGGAGCACGUCCGGGCGCCCUACCUGGUCACCCUCUGGAUCCUGGUCAGCUGGAUCUGCAAGCUCAUCAUCGAGGCCAACCACUCGGUCACCAACUACAUCCCGGAGAGCGCGCUGCUCAUCUGCUUCGGCUUCCUGAUCGGGGGCGUGAUCUGGGCGGCGGACAAGGUGCAGACCUUCACGCUGACGCCCACCGUCUUCUUCUUCUACCUGCUGCCCCAGGUCAUCCUGGACGCCGGCUACACCAUGCCCAACAAGCUGUUCUUCAGCAACCUGGGCGCCAUCCUCGUCUACGCCAUCAUCGGCACCUGCUGGAACGCCGCCUCGGUGGGGCUGUCGCUGUGGGGCUGCCACAUGGGGGGCGCCAUGGGGGACAUUGAGAUUGGCCUGCUGCAGUACCUGCUGUUCGGGAGCCUGAUCGCGGCCGUGGACCCCGUGGCCGUGCUCGCCGUGUUCGAGCAGGUGCACGUCAACGAGGUGCUCUUCAUCAUGGUGUUCGGAGAGUCGCUGCUCAACGACGGGGUCACCGUGGUGCUCUUCAACGUCUUUGAUGGGUUUGUGUCUCUGGGCGGCCCUGCCAUCGACGCUGCAGAGAUUGUCAAAGGAAUAGUGUCGUUCUUCGUGGUGGCCUUCGGUGGCUCCCUCCUGGGCCUGGUGUUCGGGGUCCUGAUCUGCCUGGUGACCCGGGUCACCAAGAACAUCCGGAUCAUCGAGCCGGGCUUCAUCUUCAUCCUGGGAUACCUGUCCUACCUCACGGCCGAGAUGCUGUCCCUCUCCGCCAUCUUGGCCAUCGUGUUCACGGGCAUCGCCUGCCAACGCUACAUCAAGGCCAACAUGGACGAGGCGUCAGUGGCGACCGUCCAGCACGCCAUGAAGGUGCUGGCCAACGGCUCGGAGACCAUCAUCUUCCUCUUCCUCGGCAUCUCCGCCAUCGACAGGGGCAUCUGGGUGUGGAACACGGGCUUCAUCCUGCUCACCCUCCUCUUCAUCUUCGUCUACAGGUUCAUCGGUGUGUUCUUCCUCACCUGGAUCCUGAAUAAGUUCCGCCUGGUUCCCGUGGAGUACAUCGAUCAGGUCAUCAUGAGCUACGGUGGCCUGCGGGGGGCAGUGGCGUACGGCCUGGCCGUGAUGCUGGAGAAGAGCAAGAUAAAGGAGAGGAACCUCAUGAUCUCCACUACGCUCAUCGUGGUGUACUUCACUGUUAUUCUCCAGGGAAUCACCUUGAAGCCAUUGGUCAACUGGCUGAAGGUCAAGAAGGCUGCCAACUCAGAUCUCUCGCUCAUCGAAAAAGUGCAGAAUAAGGUGUUUGACCACAUGCUGGUGGCCGUAGAGGACAUCUCGGGACAGAUAGGCCACAACAACAUGAGGGACAAGUGGAACACCUUUGAGGGGAAGUACCUCUCCUGGUUGCUGAUGAAGCCCUCGGCCCGGAAGGACCGCGACCACCUCUUCAACAUCUUCCACCAGCUCAACCUCAAGGACGCCGUGAGCUACGUGCAGGAGGGCGAGCGACGAGGAUCCCUGGAGUUCAUACGCAACAAGACCGCCGUGGUGGACUUCAAGAAGAAGUUUGACGACGACAUGUCGGACAUGGUGCCAGACAUCAUGGCGAACGCCACCAGCGCCGCGGUUCCCUAUCCCACCAACCUAAGACACGAUAUUCCCUCAGUGAGCUUGGAGAUGGAUCAGGACAUGAAGGGCACGAAUGUCAACUCACACGAACUUCUGCAACAAAACCUCUAUAAAGGAAGGAAACAGCACAGACACAGAUACAGCAGGACUCACUUUGAAAUCAACAAAGACCAGGGCGAGGUCCAGGAGAUCCUCCAGAGAACCAUGCAGACCCGCCUGGAGUCCUUCAAGAAGGCCAAGACCGGAAACAAAAUCAUCAGGGACUCGAAGAAAGAUAACAUGCAGAAGAUGGCGAAUGGAAAAAACACCGAUUGGGAUAGGAGCCGUGCGUAUAGUGAUUCAGAUUUUGACAUCCCGGAGCCCAACGGCGCCUCUGCUGGUCCGAUGCACGGCAACUCGUUCCCCAUGAGAGUGAGCUACAGAGUGGGAGUUGGCGUGGAGAACCCGGCCUUCAUGCCGGACGUGGAGAACCUUGGCGCGCUCCACCCGGCGCCCGCGUGGCUGACCCAGGCUCCACCCGAAGGGGGCUCUGGCGUGGGGGCGGAGCUUAACCAGCCCGUGACCCCCAGGAACCUGCGACGCCUGGCCCCCCUGCAAAUCAGCGCCCAGUGCCCCGGCCCCUUCCAGCUGGACGAGAUCGACCUCCAGAGGAUACAGUCUCCACCACUGCCGCUACCACCACCCCCGCCGCCAUCGUCCCUCCGCCCUCCAUCUCCACCCUCCUAUGAGGGCAGCCAUUUGUAGUGUACACACACACACACAGACACACAGACACAGACACCUUCUAUCCACACGCGGUCUCAGCUGCCAGACACAAUCGUGAGCAACCUCAGACUUUGCACAGCCUGGCUUUUUUUGUAUUGUGAUUUCUCCUUUUUGAUCUUUUGUUUCCCUUAUCCUCUUGCUUUGGUUUUCUCCUUCCUGUCCUGUACGGUCAAAACCUCUGCUUCUUGUUGAUCUAAGAUUGCCUUUAGGUUGCCCUUGAUUGAACACAUAAAAGUUACAGGUUGCACAAGGGACAUGGAAUGGUUCUAUUGAUGUGUUUUUGUCCCUCCAUUGCCAUACAAUCGAUAUACCUGAAUAUCGUUUUUGUCCAAUGCUACCCAUGAAUGUGAGGAUACUUAAUUUAAAGAUUGUAUGUACAUAUAGAUUUUCCUUUGAUAAACACUAAGAAGGUCAAGUAUUUGAUUAAUACGUAAACACUGCUUUAAAAGUAACUUAUGUAACAUAUAUAUAUAUUUAUUCACUUUGUUUGCUCUGUCCACAGUUUAAGAGGUUACUAGUAUGUAGUUAUCAAGUCUAAAGAGAACGUGUGGAAAUGCCUUUGAUCUCAUGUCCUUUUGAAAAUGUGUGUUUAGCAAUAAAAACGAUUUAAAUGCA